AUGGGGAACGCUUCUGGGCGAGAACUAAACCAGGCCGAUCGAGCUCGGCGUCCUAAUGACAAGGAAAUGCUCGUGUUGUUCAAGAUGCAGCGAGCGUUGUUCCACCGGCUUGUGGCGUCUCCAGAGCACCUGCAGUUAUUGCAGCGAUAUUGGACUGCAAGCUUCCGUCGUAAGCACCAGAUGCCGGGCUUCGUAUUGGUCAGCGAUUUGUGGAAGGAGGCCGGGUUCUCGGAUCCCAAUCCGGCCGCCGACCUGAAUCCCAUGGGUGAGCUCGGACUACAGUGCCUCGUGUUCUUCGUCGAGACGUAUCCAGCCGAGACGGCCAUGAUGCGGCGAGGUCGCGGGGGCUAUCCGUUCGCAAAGGCGGCAGUAGCCAUUGUGCGCUCCUUGAGUCUGACGAUGCACCUGAUGGACAUGACGGGGAAUCCAGGCCCGUUCCCUGUGACGGACACGCUGUUCUGGCAGCUCUUUGAGCGAGACGACGGGUUCUUUCAGCUCUUCUCGCUCGCCUUCUUGACGUUCGAAGAGCUUUUUUGCGAGGAAGUGGCGGUCAAGCUGUGGAUGCGAGACGUGGACGCGUGCUCGACGGCCGUAGUGGACAAACUGGUGGCCGCGGUCCAGCACAAGUUGACGGGCGAACUGAAGAAGGCCCCGCUGAAGCUGGCGGAUCUGCGAAACCUCUGCACCAAUGGCCGACACAUCGUCGACCGGACGGUGGAGAACAGUCGAGCUACUCGUAGAAGAUCGUCUACAGGCAGCGAGACGGGUGCGGUAUCACGUUGGUCUCAACAUCAGACAACCGGACGGAAGAGUAUGCGGGAGGUAGGAAAGACGUGGGGCAAGGAGAAGGGAGAAGAGACCCCGCCAAGCAAAGGAUACCGUCUGAAGCCGCGAAUGCCCGAGAUCGAGCGACCCCGCAGCGACAGCUCGCAGACAAGUGGGGUGACCAGCGACGCCGAGGCGCCGUCACCCAGACAUCACUGCGCAGCAGAGGACAAGGACGACGAAGUGCCCGACCAAGCAGCGUCUGAGCCGACAGAAGACCUGUUCGCGGGGCUGGUCACCAAGGCGUCAGUUUCCUUCGAUUCCAAGCACAGCGAGAUCGAGAGCCUCGAGACGCCGGCACCAGCGGCCAGAAGCUGCUAG